GUCCCAGCCCGGCCCGGCCCUUCUUGCCUCUCGCCCGUCAUGGCGGUGCCGGGACAGGGCGCGGAGGGGAGGUCGGCGCUGCUUCUGAAAGUCGUGAUGGCCGGGGAGUCCUGCGUGGGGAAAACCUCCAUCGUGCGGAGGUACACGGAGCCCAACGCGGCUGCCGCCUUCUCCUCCUCCUCCUACCUGCCCACGAUCGGCAUUGAUUUUAAAGUGAAGUGUAUAACACUGAGUGGUACAAGAGUGAAACUUCAAAUAUGGGAUACUGCGGGCCAGGAACGAUUCCAUACACUCAGUACAAGCUAUUUUCGUGGAGCACAAGGCUUUGUUCUUGUAUAUGACAUCACAAAUCUGGACAGUUUUCAAAGUGUAACAAGCUGGAUGAAAGACAUACAUGAGAAAGCAGGUGAUGAAGUGGACAUAGUACUGCUGGGCAACAAGUGUGAUAAGGAAUCAGAACGUGUAGUUCCAAAACAUAAAGGAGAAAAGCUUGCUUGGGAACAUGGGAUACCCUUUUUUGAAACCAGUGCCAAAGAUAACGUGAACAUUGAGGAUGCAUUUUCAGUUUUGACUAAGGAAAUACUGGAAAAGAAGUCCUGGGUAUUAUAUGACUUAGAUGUUGUGGAUCUAAAUGAAAGUAAGAAGAGAACCUGCUGUGCAUUCUGAAAUAUUGUUUAUUAUUUCAUUUCCUCUUCAGAGAAUAUUAACUAUUACAAGGGAACAUAAAAAAAAAAUUUAAAAGGGAGUCUGUAAACCCAAAGCACAGAAUUUAGGCAUCCUUUUUAUUGCAGAAAUGUUGCUGGCAAAUAUUUUGACAUGUUUAUAUUUUUUUAUUUUUAAUGUGAAUUUAAAACAAUCAUCUGAUGUUUGAAUCAUCUGCAUACAAAUGGUUGCACAGGUGAAAUCUAAAUGUACUAUUUUUCUCGUAUUAAAAACAUGUACUUCAACA